AAUUUGAAAAAAAAUAUUAUGUUGCUAAAAUAAUUGUGUUAAUUAAUCAAGCAAAUAUCAAGACUAUGAGAUAAUUAUAAUUUAUAUGAAUACAUAAUGUAUCAUUCCUAAGGUAGCUAUGGUGCCACUUUAAAAUAAUAUUAAUUAAAUAAUGUUUGAAAUGUUUAUGACAAUGGGGUCUCUAAAAUUAAAAUUUAAUUUCCAUAUUAUAGUGAUAUUUUUAUUAUAAGAACGAAUAAAUCAGAAUUAUUAUAAUUUUAGAUUACGAUUGCCCAUAAAACAUUUAUUUUACGAAACUGUUCUAUGAUUGUACUAUAUUGUUGUAAGUUUAUUUAUAAUAAUAAUUAGUAAGAAUUUAUUAAACGUAAUUUAUAAUUUAAUACUUGAUUGGUGUUAAGUACUUGACGAAAACUUUCAAUACUGACAAGUUGUUUUGCUUUGGCUUUGACUGAUUGACAUACUUUCCUUUCUCACUUCAUUUUGCUAAAUGCUAAUUCCUCUCGUUUUGUCAUUGGCGUUAUUGCUAUGCUCUGCCAUUAACUAUGUUUAGGUCGGUCGAAUAUACGAUAUACGUAAAAUAAGUUAUUAUUGUAUUUCUAGCUAAAAUUAGAACUUGAAAUGAUUUGCAUUUUUGACGUGCUCAAAGUGAGUGGCUUUUGUGUUUUUAAAACAAUUUCAUGGAUCAAAUUUAAUUCAUCAAUACUACUCUAGUACAGUUGUAAAAUAAUAAACACUAUAACCGGAUCCAAUAAAAAGUGUCUUCAGUAAAUUUUUCACUUGUAGGUUCAUCAGUAUGACAACUUCUGAAAAAAUAGAAACUUUGGAUGUCAUAAAUAAAUUACCAGAUGAAUUAUUAAUAUCAAUUUUCAAACUAUUACCAUUGGAGUCACUGCUACAUUCUGAAAAUGUAUGUAAGCGCUGGAGAAAACUUGUUCAAGAUAAGACACUAUGGAAGAAUAUUGUUCUUGUUUAUUCAGGAAAACCAGGCCAGAGCGAAGACUGUCACCGGAAUAUAGAAAUUUUAUUAUCACACAGUGAAUUAGUUCACUGUUUAAAAUUACAAUAUGUAUAUAAUUAUUCUCUUUCAAAAUUAAUUGCAGGAUAUUGUGAUAAUCUUAUUUCACUUGAACUAGUUAUGUGUAGUAUAAAUAAAUCAUUUGGGGAUGAUAUUACUAAGUGGCCUAAUCUUAAGAAAUUGAAUUUAAAGAACUCUGUAUAUCAUAAUAUGCCUGUGGAGAUGGAAAUUUCUUAUAAUAAAUUUAAGUAUUUAGAAUACCUAGCAUUGUCGGAUUUUGGGUUAAGUUCUACAAAUUGUAAUGAUUUGUUACAAUGUAAAUAUUUAAGUCACAUUCUUAUUGAAAAAAUUAAGAAUUUGAAUUUAGAUUUUGUUCGAGAAUUAAUAUGUUCCAAACAGAAUAUUCUUGAAACUUUACAUAUUUAUGGAGGUGCUGCAGUUGAUGACCACUGUUUGCAAUUGCUAUCACAAUGUAGACAGUUAAAGGAUUUAGCAAUUACUAGAUGUGAGAACUUAAAAGAUGAAGGUUUAGUUGCUCUUGCAAAUUUACAGCAAAUUAAACAUUUGCAAAUUUGGAACAAUAAAAACUUCACUGAAAAAAAUUUGUUGAGAACUCUUAGUAGUCCCAAUAUAAUAAAAUUAGAAACUUUGAGCUUAUCUAAGAUAGAAAAUAUAUCCCCAGUUAUUGUGGAUGUUAUAUCAGAAUAUUAUAAAAAUUUAAAAUUUCUAGCUGUUUACCAAUGUCGUAAUAUUGUAAAUACAGAUUAUGAAAAACAGUUGAAAUCUAAAUUCAGAAAUAUAGAUGUUGUAUUAUACUAAAAGUUUA